AUGGGCAAAACGCAUGCUCCCGAAGUUAUCAGAGUCAAGCGAAAAAGAGAAGAGGAUUCUGUAAGAGCCCUUGUACUGCAGGAAGAUGGAUCUAGCAAACGUGCCAAGUUUGUCUUUAAGCUGGCUAGGACAAUUGAGUCAGGAUCUUAUGCAAAAAGCCAGGAAUUGAAAACUCCAUUGUUGAAGUUAUCGGAAGAUGGCGAUGCAAGACAUUUUAUCCUGGAACAGCGGAAACGUAAGAGAGAGCAGGGAGACCUUCCCACAGAGAUCUCGGAGAUGCUUGAUGAGUAUCUAAGUCUAAAAACUCCCGCUCAGAAUGGUGGUUCUGCUAAAUUGAAGAGGCCCAGCCGAAGGAAAUCAGAAACACCAAUUGCAUCAGAGAUUCUACCGUCAGGCUCGUACGUCUACGACAUUUACUACAGGGAGCUAGCUGCGGAAGACGAGUUCGUGUAUGAUCCAAGCACUGUGGGGUACAUCAAGAUCAUCGAAGAUCAUGGGGAUAUGAUACCGGAGGAGGAAGAAGCCGAUCAAGCUGCUGCAUUGUCGGACGAUGAGGACUCUAAUGACGAGGCCUACUAUAGAAACGAUUACCCAGAGGACGAGGAUGACGACAGGCCCGUGCUCUUCGGGAGUGACGACGAAAAUGGGGUGGAAGUGAGAACGGACGCUUGGAGCGACGAGAACUCUCUGAGCGAUGCGGCAGAGGCCGAGAGCAUCCGGAGGGAUAUCGCCGCGUUGCAGGACUCCGAGACGGAUGCUCUUUUUGAAAAAUACGCGCAAGAAACUGACAUUUUACAGGCUGCCGGAAACAAUUUCUACGACGUAGACGAUGUCGAUAUAGAGGACUCCGAAGACAGCGGCGAGGACGGCACCGCGAGCUUUGCGAGACACAGCUUUUUUCCCGGCGACGCAGAGGAUCCCCUGGCCCUUCACCGCGAUGAAAUAUUUGGAAGACUCGAACAAAUGCUGGAAAAAAGAUGA